CAGUUAUGAUGCAAGAGAAUAAGAGGAAAAAAAGAAAUGUCAUUGAGUAAGUAUAGAAUUCGAUUCUUAGAGAUGAGUUCUGGAGUGGAAUUGGCUAAUGUGAUGUGUGAUUAUCACAUUUGUGAUCAACAAAUGUGAUCACAUUAAAUUUUCUUUCUUGGUAAUGUGAUCAUCAAAAAUUAUUUGAAAUUUGGCAUCACUUUAGAAGAAUAGCUUGACGUUUGUCAUUUGACUUUCUCCUUCUUACCAAUUUUUACCGCGAAGUUUAUUUUCCAGUGAUUUUUCAAACUAAUUUAUUGUGCUGGUUGAAAAUAAAGUGUUAAAAAUGUCACAAGUGCUAGCGAACAAAUCGCAAAUAGAUUUGCUAACAAGCUUUAUGGAAGCGCACCCGGAUCUGGCUAAAUCCUUUUCCCAAAAAGGAAGCAACUCCCGGAAUGCCCAUAGAAUUUUGUGGGAAAAACUAGAGCAGCAACUAAACGCAAAUGGACCACCGUCAAAAAGUUGUGCGGAGUGGAAAAGAUUUUGGACAGUCCGGAAAUACAACGCCAAACAAAAAUUAAUUAAAAACAAAAAAUCAAUAACAAAAACUGGGGGAGGACCGUUUACUGAACAUACAUUAGAUGCGAACGAAGAGGUAAUAGUUGGGGUAUGCGGCAUGGAAGCAGUUGUAAAUGGUAUAAGCGGUGUGUCAGACUUUGGCUGUGAGGAACAAGAAUUCGAAGGUGAAUUAAAUGAAUUAAUUGGUGAUACCUUAGUGGAGUCGGAGAUGGUGGAUACACAACAACCAGCGCCAGCGGUUCUAACAGAAAAAGUCACAAAAGCCACAAACAAAAACAAAAAGAUAGACAAUGAAAACAUGCUGGCCCAAAAGCAAAUUCAAUUGCAAGAAAAAUUUAUUGAGGCGCAAAAGGAAAACUUUGACCAAAUAAUUAAAUCUUUGGACAACAUAAAUAUGUCUAUUAAAGACUUGAAGGAUUCUGUGCAAACAAUGUGUCAAAUCAAGGAGAAGGAAAAUCAAAGCUCCAAUGCUCUAAAAAGAGAAGAACUCACCUUAAAGAGAAUGGAGCUGGAACUUUCUAAGGCGGUUAAUGAAUCAUGA